UUACUUAAGGGUGCUUCGAGCAGUGAAACUCUUUAAGUUGUUCACUGAUACACAUCGAAUGGACUUUAUAUUACAGUGGCUUUUUAUUAAAUAAUCAUAAAGAGAACAAGGAACCAUGACAAUUUGAGAUAAAAACACCAUUAAUUUAAAGUAAUUUUGAUUCAUUACUGCACCUCAGUAGACGGAACAUGGGAGCUUCUGACUCUCUGCCUGAGAAAAGGAUUGUGCUUCUUGGGAAAACCGGAGAUGGUAAGAGCAGCGCCGGGAAUACGAUUCUCAAACAACAAGUCUUCAAGAGCAAAGCUUCUCCUGAAUCAGUGACGACUGAAUGUGUCAGUGGAGACCGCAAGGUCCACGGCAAAAAGAUCACCGUUAUUGACACGCCUGGACUCUUCGACACCGGUCUGGAUGAGGAGGCCAUCAAAUCUGAGAUCAUUCGUUCUGUGAUCGAAAGCUCUCCGGGUCCAGACAUGUUCACCAUCGUCCUGAAGGUGGGGAGAUACACGGGACAAGAGAUGGAGGUUGUGGAUAAAAUCGUGGAGUAUUGUGGAGAAGACACCUUCAAUCACUCAGUGGUUUUAUUCACUCACGGAGAACAGCUGGAAGGACAAACCAUCGAGGAGUUUGUCAAGAUAAGUCCGAAGCUACAGGAGCUGGUUGAUAAAUGUGGAGGCCGCUGUCACGUCAUCGACAGCAAAUACUGGAGAACCCGUCAAAUGGGAUACAGGAGCAACAGAGUCCAGGUGAAGAACCUGCUGGAGACCAUCGAGCAGAAGCUGAAGGACAAUCAGAACACCUGCUACACCAACGAGCUGCUUCAGAUAGUGGAGGAGGAGAUUCAAGAUGAGAUGAAGAACAUAAACCAGGUCAAUAUGUCACCAGAAGAGACGCGCGAAGAGGCCAAAAAGAUAGUGCACAAAAAGCUUCUGGUUAAGCUGGCAGGAGUGACCACAGGGACACUUACCGGUGCGUUUCUGGGCAUCGGGGUCGCUGUGGCCUCCGUCGUGUCUUUACUGAAAGCCGCCAAUGUUGCCGGAGUAGUAGAAGCCGGAACCGUAGCCGGGGCUGCGGGAGUCACGGGGAUAGUGGCGGGAGCAGCGGCGGUGAAGGCGGGGAUCAUCGCCGCAGGGGCCGGGGUCGGAGUGGCUGGUUCUGGUAUCGCUGCAGCUGCGGGGGUCGCUGUCGGAGUCGCCGCUCUUGCCGGAGCGAUUGGGGGAGGAGUCACCGGAUGCAAAGCCGCAGAAGAAACGGACUCGGUGUCUGACGCUAUAAAGAAUACCGCAAAACUCAACUAUGAGAAUGCCAAAGGUGGCGCCCUCGCAACGUGAAUUAUCAUGCAGUUAAACUCCGUGAUAAAACAUUCCAGCAACGUUUGGCAUGAAAUUAGCUCCAUUGUACAAACAUCCGGAAGAAGAUGCAGGUAUGGUUCUCAGUUUAUUGAAAGCAUGUGGACCAUGGGUAGAUUGGCCAUCUGGCAAGAUUAUUAUUAUUAUUAUUAUUUUAGAUAGGCUUGUUUCUGCCCUUGUCCUGUCUUUGCUUGUUCUCAUGCCCCUCCUCUAUUUCAGACUUGAUUGCUGUCACCUGAGAAGAAUUGUUUAAAUAGGAGGUUCGCUGCUGGAUUCCUCGCAUUCUUCCUGCUCUGUUUCGGUGGCUAAAAGCUUGAACGCUGCUUGUUUGACCUGUUCAGGUCCAUGCCUCGCUCGGGACGCCAGCAUUCUUCACCGAUGCACAUUUGAGUUUAAGUUUAUGUCUUCUGUUACACUCAACACUUGCACUCAUACACAUCAUACAUCCAUGCGUUUGCCCUACACUACAGAUAUUGACAUUCACACACCCCAUAUUUGGUUUUUUUUUUGUUUACACUUGUGUAGGAUUUACAAUAAAUUUAACUUUUGUGUCUUUUGUUUGUGGCAUGUUCUCCUAUCGCUUGUCAUGGCUCUGAGUUAGCCGCAACAAAGUGGGGGCUCGUCCGGGAUUUAUUUGACA